GAAGUCAUCUGCUGCUCAAAAUCAAUUCUCCGUGGUUAUAUUAUGCGUUUACAUUUUCUAGGCGCUAUUCUCAAAAUAUUUUAUUGACAUUAAACAGUGCUACUAAAAGUGACACCAUUUUUAACAACUUUUGUCGAACUGCCAAAUGUAUAUAAGAAUGUUGUUUGGCCUCUUAUAAUCUACUGUUCAGACACUUCCGCGGCGUAUUCUAGUUGGUAUUACUAUGCCUCAAUGCUAGGAAGCAACUUUAGAACACCGCGUGUUGCUUAUUGGGUUGUUGAACACACUCACCUUCACACAUCACUUUCUCCUUCAAUAGACAUAUUUGCUGGAGAUUUAUGAAGUGUUAUAUCGCUGCUGUCCGGAGCUGGGUUUGGCCUAGUUCUGGGAUUCGGUGGGUAUCAGGCCUCACAGGAUCCAGAGAACGUGUACACUUUGCUGGGGGUCAACGCAGCACUGGCUGGCCUCAUGAGUGCACGUUUUGCCUCCUCUGGCAAGAUAAUGCCAGCCGGCAUCAUCACAGUUUUGAGAACUGGAAUAGUGUAGACACGUAAUGGCAACUGAAGGAGUGUUUAAAUAUAUGCAGUCCACCAAUAGGCCUUACAGUGCCAAUGACAUUGUUCAGAACAUGCACAAGGAGUUUGGCAAAGCAGUGGUACAGAAAGCACUUGAUGACCUGGUAGCGCAAGGCAGCAUCUGCGAGAAGAUCUAUGGGAAACAAAAGAUCUACUGUGUGAAGCAGCCAGAUAAUGAUGCCACUGGAGACUCGGAACUCAAGGAUAUUGAAUCUAAGACCGAUACUGUAACAGAAAAUUACAAAAACGUUGAGCAACAGGUGAAGGAGGCGGAGAGCUCACUGAGGGAGCUGUUGGCAGCUCCAACCACUCUUGAGGCGAAAGAACAGUUGGCAGAACUGGAGAAAAAGGAGGAAACCUUAAUGGCCAAGCUAGCAAAACUUUCACAGAACACAGUGUUGGUGUCAGCUGAGGAAAGAAACAGGAUAAAAAUAGAUCAUGAAAGACUGGUCAAAGAGUACAAAAAGAGGAAGAGACUCUGUAUGGAUGUUAUAAAUGCUAUCAUGGAAGGCUAUCCUAAAUCUAAGAAAGUACUGAUGGAGGAAGUUGGCAUCGAGACUGAUGAAGAAGUGAAGAUGCCACCUAUUCAAUCUUUUUGAAAUGUGUGAUUUACAUACUUUGUGUGUUUUUUUUUACAUUAAAUGUUAAAUUUAAAAUAUUGUUACAACUGUAAAUUAAGGAACCAGUUCUCGUUAAAUAUAUAAUAUAUAUUUUCCUGUGUUUGAA